UAUUGCGUGAAUUUCGCAUUACUGUGCAAUCGCGAUGGCCACCUGGGACGGCUCGUAUGCGGAGGAUCCCAGUUACCUCGUGUAUUCCGAUCAGAGUAUGUCCGACAAGACCACCGCGGGAAAUUGGCCACACUUUGCAGGGAAUCCCGCGUAUCUGCCAAACGCUUCCGCAACGCUCGGGAGAAAUUAUUAUCCGGCAGCCGGCGGAGGCCGGCACUUAUACGGGCAGAACAACGGAUCCGUUUCUGCUCUGAGGAAUCAGGUUGCUGCGGACGGUGUUCUACCGUCGAUGCCAUCGACCAUGGUACCUGUAAGAAACCCCUAUCAGGAACACAUACUGCCAAGCACCGCGUCUGUGAACAGCCCGUCAGAUGGUUUGCAAUAUUCAGCAAACAGUAUCGCCUCAACUUCGCAUAGCGCAUCGUUUUUCCAUGGUAAUAAUCAGAAAGCAAAGUACAGGAAAAGAAGAACGACCAAUAGUAAGCACACGCUGUCAGCGGAAGGUGACAGCGUCAGAUCCGAUAUAGUGGAGAACUCGAAAUUACAUGCUACAGCCAACGAAUUUGUGCCAAACAACGUUAAGUUUAAGAGGGAUAAAUUUAGUAAGUGGAAUGGUCGCAGCAAUGCACCGGGAAAUAGCUUUAACGCCUCCGCGCAAGCUUUUCGAUCGAAAUCAUUCGCGAUGAAUGCGUCUCUACUGGAUAAUAGAUACAAAAAUGAGAGCUAUUUCAAUAAUAGGAGAGAUGGGAAUUACAAACAGAGGAACUCACAGCAGAGUAUGCAAGCACUGCCAAGAUCUAGUUACAAUGAUAGGUCGUAUAAUAAAUUUCAGAACGGCAAAUAUCACAAUAGGAAACAUCAAUCUGAUGUGUCCUCUGUAGGGGAUGCUCACACGUCUACGACUGAGCUUGGUGUUUCAGCUGCAUCGAAUAGUCAGCAAACUAAGGCCUCUAUUGAGGAGUUCCAGAAGGAUGAUUCAUCUCUAAACACAGAAAUGAGUACAAAUAGAGAGGUAUUCACCGGCGAGAAUAAUGAUCCAGAUAAUGCAUCGCUGUUGAAAGUCGACACACAACGAAGUAGAUCUAAACGAUUCAAUACUGCUAACUCACUGAAUUAUUCCAAAAGCGAUUUUUAUGAUGACCAAUCAGAGUCUAGAUAUAAUAAAACCAUGAGAUAUCCGCGUAGAAGAAAUGAAGCGAAUACAAGUAAGGAAAAACUGGACAACUGGAGGGAUAAAAAGGAGAAUAAGGACACAGCGCAAGGGAAGAGUCUGAGCAAGAAAUACGAAAUUGAUGACGACGCGAGUCAAAGGGAGAGAUUAAUGGAGCAGCUGAACAGGGGAAUACUGGAGUGCUUAGUUUGUUACGAGCACAUCAAGCAUACCGACUACGUCUGGUCCUGUAGCAACUGCUACCACGUAUUGCACUUAAAGUGUAUUAAAAAGUGGGCCAAGUCGUCACAAAGCGACCACAGUUGGAAAUGCCCGGCCUGUCGUUACGUCAGUUUCCUCGUACCCGAGGAUUACUUCUGCUUCUGCGGCAAGGCAAAAAUGCCGGAAUGGAAUCGCAGGGACGCGGCGCACUCGUGCGGCGAGAUCUGCGGUCGCAAUCUGUCCAAGAACUGUACGCAUAAAUGUACCCUGCUUUGCCACCCUGGCUCUUGUCCACAGUGCGUGGCGAUGGUGACGAAAUAUUGUGGUUGUGGAAGAACCUCGAGGAUGUUGCUGUGUAGCACGCACCAAUUGCUGUCGUGCGACUCGGUAUGCGGGAAAGAUCUGUCAUGCGGCGAGCACUCUUGUCAAAAAACAUGCCAUCAGGGAGAGUGCGAACCCUGCGACAAAACUGUGCAACAAAUCUGUUUCUGCGGUAACAAGACUCAAGAGGUACCAUGUCGGAUCAAUGUCGCGGAUACGUAUUCUUGCGACAGUGUUUGUAACAAGCUGUUGGAUUGCGGGAAGCAUAAUUGUCAGAAGAUCUGCCAUCCGGAGUCCUGCGAGCCGUGCUCGUUAACACCCGAGAGGAUCAUAACGUGCUGUUGCGGUCAAACGGAGUUAACGGAAAAGAGAGACAGUUGUUUAGACCCGAUACCAACUUGCGAGAAAAUCUGCUCGAAGAGGCUGAAGUGCGGUCAACCUAGUAAUCCGCACAUCUGCAAGGCGCCGUGCCACGUGGGCGAGUGCCCGGACUGCGACUUGAGCACCGACGUGAAGUGCCGAUGCGGUAACAUGGACCGCGAGAUCGCCUGCCGGGACCUGACCAGCAAGGCGGACGACGCGCGCUGCGAGAAGCGCUGCAAGAAGAAGAGAUCCUGCGGCAAGCACAAUUGCAACCAGUUGUGCUGCAUCGAUAUCGAGCACAUUUGCCCGUUGCCGUGCUCGAAGACGUUGAACUGCGGCCGGCACAAGUGCCAGGACAGGUGUCACAUGGGAAGGUGUCUACCCUGCUGGCAGAGCAGCUUCGACGAGCUGUACUGCGAGUGCGGCGCCGAGGUGAUUUAUCCGCCGGUAGCGUGCGGUACGAGGAGGCCCGCUUGCUUCCGGCCGUGCUCGCGCCAGCACUCCUGCGAUCACGAGGUAUUGCACAACUGUCACAGCGAGCCUACGUGUCCACCUUGCAGCGUGCUCACUCAGAGGUGGUGCCACGGUAAACACGAGCUUAGGAAGGCCGUACCGUGCCACGUGAAGGAGAUCUCGUGUGGUUUGCCGUGCAACAAGCCUCUCACGUGCGGACGGCACAAGUGCAUCACGAUGUGCCAUGCAGGUGCCUGCGAGAAGCCUGGGCAACAGUGCGUGCAGCCUUGCACCACCACGAGGGAGCUGUGUGGACACAUCUGUGCCGCACCGUGCCAUGAAGGCAGCUGCCCGGACACGCCGUGCAAAGAAAUGGUCAAGGUCACGUGUCAGUGUGGACACAGAACAAUGAGUCGCGUUUGCGCCGACAACGCGAGGGAGUAUCAAAGAAUAGCGAGCAACAUACUGGCCAGUAAAAUGGCCGAUAUGCAGCUCGGACAUUCCGUCGACUUGGAGGAAGUGUUCGGGCAAGGCGCGAGAAAGCAAAAUCAGCUGAAGACCUUGGAAUGUAACGAUGAGUGCAAGACGAUCGAGAGGAACAGGCGACUCGCGUUGGGAUUGCAGAUCGUCAAUCCGGAUCUGAGCGGCAAGCUAUUGCCCAGAUACAGCGAUUACAUGAAACAAUGGGCCAAGAAAGAUCCGCACUUCUGCCAGGUGGUGCACGACAAGCUCACGGAAUUGGUGCAGCUGGCAAAAACGUCGAAGCAGAAAUCGCGAAGUUACUCGUUCGACGUCAUGAACAGGGACAAGCGCCAUUUCGUGCACGAAUCGUGUCAGCAUUUCGGCUGUGAGAGUCAGGCGUACGACGAGGAACCGAAGAGAAACGUCGUCGCCACUGCCGUGAAGGAUAAGUGUUGGCUACCGAGCUACAGUUUAUUGGAAAUGGUGCAGCGGGAGAAAGGGCAAAGAAAAGUUCCAGGACCGGUACUCAACACUUCUAAGAGAAAUAGUUCCACAAAGACUGUUCUUUCAUUACCCGUGAAACAGAAUCAGCAAUCGUUACCGUCGUCGUCAAGCGCGAAGGCGCCUGAGAAGGAGAUAGAUUAUUUUGAUUAUCGAUAAAUUACUGGAUCUUGAUUAGCAAAAUACACAGUUGUAUAAUGGUUAUAUGUAUAGAGAAUGUUGUAAGAGCUUAUAUGUACAUUUAAAAAGACUUAUGUAUAUACAUACAUACAUACUGUAAUUAUACAAUUGUGAUUUUGUAGAAAUGCAUCAAUCAUUCUUAACGUGUUCUUCAAUUACAUGAGUCAAAUUGGCCAUAUAAAAAAUUCGUUAUAUAAAAUUUUAAUAUAAUAACAUUUGCAUUGCAUUUAUAAAACAUUUUGAUGGAUUCUUGCUAGAAAGGAUAUUAUUUUAGUGUAACCCAGGAGCAUCUAAGAUAUAUUCUUGUUAAAAUAGAUACGAAGGUGGCACGACAAA